UUCAAUCAGAGGCUAUUUAACAGAUGCUGAGUCAGGAUCAUCUCACUUCAGUCAGUCAUGAGUUGUCCUGGGACUCAGAUGUGGACAUGGACACUCUGUGUCUUCUUGAGCUGGAUGAGUGCGGGUCAAGCAGCUGCAGGACCGAAGUACAUGGUAGCCAUUCCUGCCGUUCUUGAAGCCGGAGCUGAGACCAAAUUCUGUGCGAGUCUCCUGCAGCCCAACGAGACUCUGGUCAUGACCGUCACUCUGAAGUCCGAGGAGGCGAACACAACCCUUCUCAAGCAGACGUCGGCUCAAGACUUUCAUACCUGCACUGAAUUUACGGUUCCUGUAGUGGAGAAUGAAGUGGUGAAAAAUUUCGAGGUGGAGGUACGAGGCGACACGUUUUACUCCAAAGAAGUCAGGAAAGUCCAGAUUAAAGUCUACAAUCCAAUGACAUUCGUCCAAACAGAUAAACCAAUCUACCUUCCUGGACAAACAGUGCAUUUUAGAGUCAUCACACUGGACACCAAGUUGAGACCUGCCAAUCAGCUGUAUAAUAUCAUCGAACUUGAGGAUUCUAACAGCAACAGGAUUGGACAGUGGCUGAAUGAAACAGCCGACAGUAAGAUAUUGCAGCUUUCUUACGCUUUGAACUCUGAGGCCCGUGAAGGAACCUACCAAGUUAUUGUGUCGAUUGGGGAAAAUAAAAAUCAUCAUACCUUCAAGGUAGAGAAAUAUGUUUUGCCUAAAUUUGAUGUAAAAUUAAAUGCACCUGCUGAAGUUAGUAUUGAUCAGAAGGAAAUAAAAGCUGAAGUAUGUGCAAAGUAUACAUACGGACAGCCUGUGCCAGCCAAUGUUCAACUUAAGAUGUGCCGACCUCUUAAUCGCUACGUCUCUAGACACUAUCUGACCACCCCUGAACAUCCAGAGGGACUCCCUGAUAUAAUUGCACCAUGCUACAAUGAGACAAAGCAGACGGACAUAAAAGGCUGUGCCACUUUCACCUUCCCAAUGUCAGCCUUUAUAAAAGGUUUGGAAAAGGUGCUGCAAGACUCACUUCAAAUCAGAGUCAAAGUAGAAGAAGAGGGCACAGGUGUUUCUCGCCCGCAGGAGCAGCAAGUUGCCAUUUCAUAUGUUAUUGGAAAGCUGUCCUUCGUUGACAUGCCCAAGAUCUAUGAAGAAGGAUCAAAUGUGCAGGGGAAGGUUAAAGCCGUUUAUUACAAUGAUACACCCAUUGCCGACAUGCCAGUGUACCUGUUUGAAGGGGAAAGGUGGUCAGCACGUCGCUUACAGAAUCUCACCACUGACAGCAAUGGCAUCGCAACUUUCUCAUUUAACACGGAUAACAAUAAAAGGGAACUCAACUUCCACGUGAGCAGCAAACCGACACUGGUCUACGCUGGUUACAGAGUAGCGUACUAUGAUUCUGCACAUCACACAGUGUCGUUGGCCCAAAGUUCAUCUCAUGAUACCAAAACAGUCAGCACCCUGGAGGUGAAGAAGAAAGAUGGACCACUUCCCUGUGACAAAGAAGAAGACAUCUCCAUCAAAUACACAGCAGUGAGGGAGGCCCAGGGCUCUGUGGAUGUCAUGUAUCUGGUUUUAUCAAGAGGAGCCAUUGUCAUGCAAGGACUGAAACAGUUUGAAGUGAAAGAUCAAUCAGUGACUGAGGGUGAGGUGUCCUUCAAGCUGACAGUGUCUCCAGACAUGGCACCACUUGUCCAGGUUGUGGCUUACGCCAUCCUCCCCAGUGAGACUGUGAUCGCCCACAACGCUGAGUUCUCCACUGAGAAAUGCUUCAGUAACAAGGCGUCGCUGGAGUUUUCUCCAUCCUCAGCCGUCCCAGGAGAGGAGACCAUCCUGCAGGUGACGGCUCAGCCACACUCUCUGUGUGGUGUGAGCGCUGUGGACCAGAGUGUCCUCAUCAAGGAGCCGGGGAAGACUCUGACUGCAGACAAGAUAUUUAACUUGUUGCCAGUCAAAAAAGCAACUUAUAUUCCAUAUCAAGUUGAAGAUCCUGUAGAAUGCCUGCACGUGAGACCGAGAAGAUACAUUAUGCCAUACCCUGAUGAUAACGACAGAGAGGAUGCUCAUACAGUUUUCCAGAAUGUGGGAAUGAAGAUGGCAACAAACGUGGUUAUCAGAGUGCCUACAUGCCUCAAGUACAGAGGAAGACAAUACCACCAGGGUCGUGGUUAUGAAAUUGCAUAUGAUUCCGUUCCAGUUGUAGCAAGAAUGGGACAGGCAGGUGUGGCUGGUGGUGCUGGUCCGAGGUACCGGUCUGAUGAAGAACCAAUAGAGACAGUCCGCACUUUCUUCCCUGAGACCUGGAUAUGGGAUCUGGUGGAAGUUGGAGGGACCGGACAGAGGGAUGUGCCCCUCACUGUCCCAGACACCAUCACCACCUGGGAGACGGAGGCUUUCUGUCUGUCCCCUCAGGGUUUCGGCUUGGCUCCUCGGAAAGAGAUUACCGUCUUCCAGCCCUUCUUCCUCGAGCUCAGCCUGCCCUACUCCAUCAUCCGAGGGGAGCACUUUGAACUGAAGGCAACCGUCUUUAACUACCUGACCACCUGCAUCAUGGUCAGUGUGACUCCAGCCGCCUCCUUGGAUUACACCCUCACCCCUCUCUCUGGGGACAAGUACACUUCCUGUCUCUGUGGCAGUGAGCGCAAGACCCUCAGCUGGACCAUGGCCCCCUCAGCCUUAGGGGUUGUGAAUGUGACGGUGGCGGCUGAGGCGGUGGCGUCCCACGCUUCAUGUGACAAUGAGAUUGUGAGCGUGCCAGACAGAGGUCGCAUUGACGUGGUCACAAAAUCUCUCAUAGUGAGGGCUGAAGGAACUGAGAUGACAAAGGCCCACAACUGGCUGCUCUGCCCUAAAGGGAAGGCUUUGACAGAGGAAGUAGAAAUACAACUCCCCAAGAAUGUGAUUGAUGGAUCUGCCCGCGCUUCACUUUCAGUCCUGGGUGACAUUCUGGGCCGAGCGCUGAAGAACCUGGACGGGCUGCUGCAGAUGCCGUAUGGAUGCGGUGAGCAGAACAUGGCGCUCUUGGCUCCCAACAUUUACAUCCUCCAGUACCUGAAAAACACAGAGCAGCUGACCCCGGCCAUCAAGGAGAAGGCAGCCAACUUCCUGACCAGCGGCUACCAGAGACAGCUGAACUACAAACACCACGACGGUGCUUACAGCACAUUUGGAACAGGAACAGGAAACACUUGGCUGACUGCGUUUGUGAUGAGAGCGUUUGCUAAAGCCCAGUCUUUCGUCUACAUCGACCCAACAAAGAUCGAAGAGUCUAUGGAUUGGCUGAAAAUGAGACAACGAGAAAAUGGCUGUUUUGAGCGGUCAGGAAAGCUCUUUAACAACAGAAUGAAGGGCGGUGUGUCUGAUGAAGUGACUCUCAGUGCUUACAUCACUGCUGCCUUCCUGGAGAUGAAUUCAUCUGUAGAUAACCCUGUGGUGAAGGAGAGCCUGUCCUGCCUGAAGGAGUCCACCAGCGACCUCAGCAACACCUACACUACAGCUCUGCUGGCAUACGUCUUCACUCUGGCAGGAGACAUGGAGACCCGUGCUGAGCUGCUGAAGCACCUCGACACUGUUGCAAUACAGGAAGGAGGCUUCCUCCACUGGUCUCAGACAGCAGCAGACACUUCAGCCUCUCUGUCUGUGGAGAUCAGCUCCUACGUGCUGUUGGCUAAACUCAGUGCCUCUCCUGCUGCUGAAGACCUGGGCUACGCCUCUCGCAUCGUCAGAUGGCUGACGGGGAAGCAGAACUAUUAUGGAGGCUUCUCCUCCACACAGGACACAGUGACAGCUCUGCAGGCUCUGGCUCUCUACUCCACUCUGGUGUUCAGUCCGGAGGGUUCCAGUACAGUGACGGUCCAAUCUCCCAGUGGCAAGAUGACGUUUGAUGUGAACCAGGACAACAAACUGCUCUACCAGGAGAAGCUGCUGCAGGACACGACAGGAAAGUUCAGCCUGGAGGUUAAGGGCACUACAUGUGCUGCAGUGCAGAUUUCUCUUCGCUAUAACAUCCCAACUCCCAAGGAUGUCACAACCUUCAGCGUUAUGGUCAAACCAGAGGCCGACUGCUCCAGCAAGAAACCCAAACUCACCCUAAAGCUAAAGGCCCUAUAUAGUGGAAAGGAGACCGGUACAAACAUGGUGAUCCUGGACAUCAAAAUGCUCUCUGGAUUUGUCCCGGACCCAGAGUCUUUGAAGAGGCUCAAAGGAGCCCUGCUGGUGGAUCGCAUUGAACUGAAAGACGAUCAUGUUCUGGUGUACAUACAGGAGUUACCAAAGGGAAUACCCAUCAACCACAGCUUAGAGCUCAUACAGGAGGUCCCAGUGCAGAACCUGAAGCCAGCCGUGGUCAAGAUCUACGACUACUACCAGCCAAGUGAUCAGGCUGAGACAGAAUACAUUUACCCUUGUGUUGCAGGUUGAAGAUUGAAGUGUGAUUAGCUCGCAGGCCGUCACAGACUCCACUAUAAUUUAAAUAGACUUGCACCAUGUUUGUUUGUGUAAACAUACACGCAUCAUGGACAAUAAAAUAAUUUGAUAUCCCUCUUGAA